GUGUGCCGAGGCCAGUGUUGCUCUGACACGAGGCCCGCGGCGUCCCCAGCCUCCCGUCACCCACCACAACCUGCUCAGUUCUCGUCCCCACCUCACUCACACCACUCCAUAUAAAAAGUAUUCAAUAUAAAGUUAUAUACUUGAUAGAACGUUUGAAAAUUAAAUUGUGAGUAUCAGGGAGUGACGGUAGUGGCUGUGCGAGCACCAGGCCCGGGCAGUAGAGAGGAUUAGAGAGAGUCGCAGGGAGUUGUUACUAGAGCGACGCGCACAUCACCACCGCCUCCUCCAGGGUCGGUGGUGGAGCGUGUGGGUGAGGAGCUAUGACACCCCGCCUGUCCUCUCCCCUGCUCAUCCCCCAGCUCCUGCUCCUGCUCCUGCUGCCUGGCACGGUGUUGGCCGCCACAACUACGGCAGGUGUGGUGGAGCAGGGCAGAUCAGCGGUGUUCAAGCAGCGGGUGGAGGUGGAAGUGGACGGAGAGCGGACAUAUAGUGGAGCAGGUGUGGUGGAAGUGAGCAGGUACCAGGCAGACACCCUCCUCAUCCUCACCACCAGAGACGCCCACAACUCUGCACAACCACUGGUUUCUGGUCGCGGGUCUGGAAGAGCUGUGGUGGUGAAGAGCCUGGGUGGUCGCGGCGCCUCGCUCCUUCACCAUGUUGACGAGACCACCACAUCCCUCAACUACAAGAGAUCCCUGGCAUCUCUCCUUACACCCGCCUACCACACCUCCACCCUCGCCUACCACACACAGGCAGAUGUUUUUGGGACAUGUGAGGUUCAUUACAAGCAUGAAGACUCUCGGACGGUGACCUGGCGUGACCUGACCCGGUGCUCACAGUUCUCCCUGGAGCUGGCCCUCGGCGCCCACCAGCUCCCCCUCCUUCACCUGAUGGUAGACGUGGCAGGCAGCAGCUCGGGCUGUGAGUACCGGUGGCGAGGCGGGGUCGGGGCCGUGCUGGACAGUCUCCACUGCUCAGACACGCUACUGUUGGCGCCAAGAUACUCCAGUAGUGCUGCCAGCGUGCUCAACAUCACCCUCAGCACCUCCCUCACGCACACAGCCACCGCCCCCUUCAACUCUGCUGAUCAUGAAUACAUUCAAGAAGCGACGGAAACAACAGACCUGACGUAUCAACUUCCGUCAUAUCAGGAAGACGGCGAAGAUGAGCUGGCGGAGCUGGUGGAGGAGGUGUGCUCAAGUGAAGGUGACGGACGUCUUACAGGCGACGUCUUGCAGAAGAUGUCACAGCUGUUGAAGGUUCUCUCUCGCACCAGGGCCGAGAUGCCUCGCCUAGCUCCCACCUGCCCCGCUAACGUCAGGCAGCUGGUUGGUGUUGGGUCAGCGGUGGUGGGCGGCCCUCGCUUCCUGCACUUCUUCGUCACUCAGCUGGCUGAGCUGUCGCGGGAGGCUGAUGCUCCUGUGAGGAUGGGCGAGGACCUGUUGUUCACCACGGCUCUGAGGAGCCUGGUCAGUAGCGACCACCCCGCCGCCCGCCACCUCCCACACGACUUCUUCCUGCGUCGGGAGAACCAGAUGGUCUACGAGGAGCUGGUGGACUUCCUAGAGCAGCAGAGUCCGCCGGAGGUGGCGGGCGUGGCGGUGCUGCUGGAGGGGCUGAAGGUGGUGUCGCCGCAGCUGUUCAAGCGGCUCCUGCAGAAGAGUGCUCCUCACCUCUCCCCCGAGGCCGCCUGUCAGAGCGGCGACCAUCCUCAGGCUGUGCGUCUCCUGAGGAGUGUGAGGGGGCUCAGUGUGCGGCCCGCCGGGUACGUCGCCUCCCUCAAGCCAUGCUUCGCUAAUGACAACGUUGACGUCGUUGUUGCUGCCAUGGACACCCUGGCGUCUGUUGACUGUACCAUACAGGGCGUCACAGAGCUGCAGAAGCUGGGCCUGGAGAGUCCUUCAGACCCAGAGAUCCGCAUUGCUGCCUACCGCGGCCUCGUCCACUGCAUUCCCUCCAGACCUCACCUCCUGCAGGCGGUGGCCAAGGCUCUCAACCCCCAGGAUGAUGCCUAUUCCACUCAAGUUGCGUCGUAUGUAUGGAGCCAUGUUCAGUCGGUGAUCUCGUCGGAGGACCCGAGCCUGGUGACCCUGCGGGAGCUGAUGACCGCCGCUGACCUGGUGGGCCACGUGCCUGACCCCGUGUGGUACGACCCCCGCCAGCACUCCCGCCACCUCUCCCAGACCCUGCACCUGGACCCCCAGACGUCCCUCACCCUGGCUGGGGACCUGGUCUGGGGCAGGUACUCUCCGGCCCCCAGGGCCCUCUACCUCAACCUCGCACUACAUAGCCAAGGCGACACACACCAGCUGGCACAGGUGAUAGUGCGGGUGACGGGGGUGGAGACCAUGCUGGUGAGCCUGCCGGGCCUGGAGGGCCUGCUGCAGGCCGCCGCCGCCUACCUCUGGUCCACCGCCUCCCGCCUCACUCCUCACGCCUUCAGGUCCAAGAGGCAGAUCACACACGAGCAAAUCGCCGACUUUAUCCAACAGGUUAUGUCAAGGAUCCCGGCAGAGUACCGCGCCGGCUCCUCCAGCCUGGAGGUGUGUGUACACCUCCUGGGGACACAGAUGGUCCACCUCCGCCUCUCUGACCUCCGCUACUCUGCCCUCCUGGAAGCCGCCACCAACGCCCUGCAGACGCCUCUACACGCUGUGGUAUUGACUCUGGUGCCUCUACUGGACAACACCCUGACGCUCGUGACCUCGUGUGGGGUGCCGGUCCGCCUUCACGUGGGCGGUGUAGCAGGGGUCCAAGGUGAGGCUCAGCACAGCGCGAGUCAAGACCGUGGCUUCCUUAAGUUCGUGGCCAGCGGAGGACUGUCGGUCGAGACGACUGUUGAGGUUGGGGACCAGCAGCCAGCACCUAUCGAGAGCCAGUUUCUGUGCUCACUGGAUGUUCCCAUCAGCGCCUCCUACGAGUAUGAGGGCGAGGCUACCCGGGUCUCUCUCCGACUCCCGCACCUCUUCACGGGACGACUCUGGCACCAGGAGCGUCACACCUCCCUGGCCGGCACCUCACCGCACCUCCGAGUGACGGAGGUGUGCUGGGGCCCCGGGAAGACUCUCCAGCUGUGUCUCAACACCCACACGACGGACCACACGUCGCAAGGUCCAGUUUCUGGCCAGGAUGGUUGGCUGGCCCCCUAUGUUUACUCUCUCAACCUGCACAUGCUCUAUCCUGAUGAACCUGUUGUUGUUACUUCCUCUACACCCAACAUGGGCGGAGGUGUGGCGCAGGAGGUGGUUGUGGUGGUGGCGGGGGGCACCAGGUUCGACGCCAGCCUCGUCCUCCAGCUCCUGCCCUCUCCAACCUUCGUGCUCACACUCAACACUCCCGGACACUCCUACUUUCUCAAGGGGUUGGCGGGAUCCCGGGAGGGCGUCACGCAGAUGGCCGGGCUGGAGCUGGUGGCGGACAGGGCACGCUACGCCAUCCGCGUUCAAAUGUCGACGCCGCAAUUGAUGCAUCAGGUGAUAUGGAGCCCGUCGGUCUUCAUCACCACGCCUGAGGGAGGCGAAGAGGAAGUCGUGCGCGUCUUCCUGUCGCUGAAGGAGGAAAACGAGGAGUUUUCCGGCGAGUUUAGCUUGAGGACCAUGGGAGUUGCGGCGAAGUACCUUAACCUCAGGAUAACGAGCGAGGCGGGCGGCGCCGUCAACGAAGAGGACGGGUCCCUGCAGAAGGUCGAGGUGAGGUCUCUGCGCGUCAGUUGGGCUGGCAAGCUGGCCCUGGACACUACUCUGUGGCUCUACCUGGGAGGCGCGCCUCAUGGUCAAGGCUCUAUGAAGGUUGGGUGGGGUGAGGAGGAGGGAGAGGUGGAGCUCAGCUUGGCUGUGGGCCCCCAGCUGGACCCCGGGGGCCCGGGCGGGACCUCCCUCAAGGUCUUCAUCAGUGGCAGUGAUGGUCCCGGCUUGAUGAAGGGCAGCUUCGGUCUCCUCCUGGACGGUGGUCGGGUGGAGGUGUCUGUGAGUGUGGACCUGGGAGGGAGCGGCGCCUUCAGCUUCUCCCACACACACACCGAUCUCUGGAACACUAAGACGUCUUCACGCGUUGUUUAUGUGCCGCUGGAGGUGUGGUGGGAGGCGGAGCACGAGAUAGUGAUGCUGGAGGAUGAGCUCCGCCACUGGCUGAACGUGUCGUGGGCAGCCUCGCCCGACCACACCUUCACCUCCCUCCUCCACCUCGCUUCUAACUCACCCUCACAUCUUGACCUCUCCCUCACCGCACUGGUGAUAUAUCCGGGUCAAGCGGUGGAGCUGAAGGACACGCUGGCACAGGCGCUUGGAGGCAGCUACAAGAACAAACUUUCCUUGCUUCUAAAUCCAGGCAGAACCCUCACUAUGGAUACUAUUGUCAUCACGCGCACUGACAAGGACAUUUUCUCCUACGGCUUCUCCAACACCUUUAAGCUCGAUACCUGGAUUAGCCCUGUAAGCUUGGUGGGGACCUGGAACUGCCUGGGCAAAGGUCAGUGCUCUGUGGUGGUGACCGCGGAGCAGGCGGGAGAUGAACUGCUGGACCUGGCGCUCCAGCACACUGCUGCAGGCGGCGUCUCCAGGUCUGAGGCUAAGAUCAAAAUCACGCACUGGCUGGACGGCACCGUGUCCAUGGACACGGCCUCCAACCUCGGCUACUACGACCUCAAGUGGAGGGUGUUGGUGUGGAAGUGGAGGAGGGUGGUGCAGGGCCGCGCAGAGGUGGACCUGGCUGCUGUCGACGCUGCAGCUGUCCACGUGCUGCUGCUGCAGCUGCACAAGACCGGACAGCCGGGUAACGUCACCCAUGCCUACAAUGGUACCCUUAGCCUCGACCAGCAGGCUCGAACCCUGCACGUCAGGCAGGAGGUGCGAGUGAGAGAAGGGGAGAGGAACGAGGUGUGGGUCGGAGUGGUCCAGGGCCGGGCCGGCAGCACUCUCCUCAACGCUCAACACUUCGCUAAGGCGACGCUGUUAACGCCAGCAGCCACCUACUACACGGUGGCCGGAGACGCUGGCUCCACGGUGUCUGGCCUGGAGUCUGUGUUGGCAUAUGUCACUUUGUCAGCGGGAGCUGGACCUGAGGCCGCCUACCUCCUCACCUGGGACCUGGACCUCCAGCAACUGGGCCCCAAGGGUCACGGGAUACUGAUAGUUCCCGAGGCCGAGGAGGAGACUGACGAGGAGGCCGAGGAGCCAGGCCUGCUGAUGGUGUACCUGGAGACGCUGUUGACGGCCACCUCGCCACACACGGGCGAGGUCAAGCUCAACAUGAAGGCUAAGAAGGCUCUCCACCAACCCUCGCCUGACCCCCACCAGCCUGGCACCCCCACCCACCUCAUCACUGGAGAUGUGACACUGGCGACGGAGACGCUGCCGGAGCUGGCACGCCUGCACGGGAAGCUCUCGCUAGCCCUGGACACCUACACUCUGGCUGGCCGGAUGUGGGUUGGACAGCGGGCAGUGGGCGUGAUGUCAUACGCUGUACACAGGAACUCUUCCCUCAAGACCUCUCACCUGGUCACCCUCGUGGACCCGUCCUCCUCGUGGGGCAGUCUCCAGCUUGCCCUCGAGGCUGACCACCUCGGCACUUUCCCCAACAACUUCCAGAGUUCUGGGAGCGGUAGAGUGAAUGUUGGGGUGGAGGAGGCGGUGCAGGUGCAGGCAGGAGCACAGUGGACGCCCUCAACCUCCGCCCUCAACCUCGCCCUAGCCACCUACUUCACCACGCUGCCGGGGGGAAACAUCUUCCUCAAGUGGGCAGAGCAGCUGGUGCAGGCGCACGCGGCCUGGGCACUCACUAAGGGCAUGGUGGGCCUCCAGUGGCUGGAGGGAGGACGAGCCCUGGAGCUGGCACUCAAGUAUGAACACCCCGGCGCUCUCCUCCACUACCUGGACACCGGUCUUACCUUCACCGUCUCUCGUGCACCGUACCCGCCGCUCCUUCUCCUCCUGGCGAGCCGCUUCACCCUCAACACCGACCACCACUACGCCCUCAACGUCGACUUCCGCUCACCGCAGGAGCAGUACCUGGUGACUGGUGCCCUGGUGCGGCCAGGCAGACUGGGGUCAAUGCGUCUUCAGGUUGGUGGUGGUGGGGACGUGUAUGGCGCCCUUCUCGUCCUAGUCCUUGACGGAUUCUCAGCCCAGGUUACCGGAGCCUUCAGGGUGAUGGAGGGAGGGGAGCAGGUCUCCGCCACCAUCAACAGCUCCCUCAUCAGCGACCCGCGCGGCUACACCGUCAAGAUGGUCCGUCGGACGGAGGGAGGCACGACGGAGCUCGCGGCCCUCCUCUCCCAGACCGCUGCCUCGCCCCGGUGGAUAUACACCUACAGACUGGUGACGGAGGUGCAGCGAGACAUCAAGCAGAAGGUGAGGCUGGUGAAGUCAGCGGACCGCUUCACCUACCACCACCUGCACCGCCUCCUCCACGACUACAGGUUCCUCCUCCUCCUCCUCCACAACAAGUUUGACGAGGUACAGCUGGAGGCGGAGUUCCCUGACCUCUGGCCUGAGGUCAAGAUGACGGGGUCAGUGCUGAAGGGCAAGGACACUCGCCUGGAGCUGGCACUCAACUCGCCUUCACUCAGUCACCUCCUGCACGGCCGCCUCAUCUUCAGCAGCAGUGACUGGUGGAGCGGCCACAGCGGCUCCCUCACCUACACUCAGCAGCACAAGAAGAAGAGAACCACCCCGCUGAAGCUACAGGUAGAAGCGUCCAGAAGGAACAGCAAUAGACAGAAAUACAAGUUCUUCGUUCAGCGGACGGUUCUUGAAUCUCCGUCUCCAGUGGCCAGCUCCGCUUACGAAACGCUCUACGAGUAUCCCUUUGAGCUGUACGACCCGUCUGGCUUCACCUACGACGACCCUGCGGCCACCACCACCUUGGAGGCCACUCUGGACGUCUCCAGGGACCCGGGCACCGCCGAGUACAAAAUGUCUUGGAAGACGGAUGCGACCAAGAACGAAGCCCGAGUGGUUCUGGAGGAGGACCUCACCGGAGGCGGCGCCAGCCUCAGAUACUUCAGGCAAACCAAAGGUGUUCCCAAGUCCGAGGUGGAGUACCAGCUGAAAGGCAACUACCGACGCAUCGACACCGAGCUGACCAUCUCCUCCACCUUCGACCAGUCCUCCGUUGCACGGCCGAGGGCCGUCAUCUUCCUACACUCGGAGGCUGAGGGCUACACGGAGUUGCUGCUCGACCUCUUCGAGUUGGAGGCCGACCAGGUGAUCCUGGUGGUGGCCAGCCACACCCACAACCUCAGCUUCAGGAUCGGCCAGUUCGGGAACACCUUCCUCCAGCUCGGGUACCAGCAAGUGAUGGACGGAGACGGUGACACUGUCUACAAGGUGCAGGUGGAGAGUUCUGGGCGGAGAGUGGAGCUGUGGGCGGGGGUCGUCCCGGAGCAGCAGCGGACCUGCACCCGGGGUGGGCUGGUGCUGGUGACGCCCACCCUGGCGCCCACCCACCACCACCUGCUGCUCUGCCCACCACCCACCCCGGAGCUCACACUACAGCUGCUGGGCGUCGAGGAGCACGAGGGCCCCUACCUGCGGGUGGGUCAGAUCUCCGGGCCCGGGGGCGUGGGCGUGCAGGUGGGCAGUGGGCGGCUCCGGCCCCUAGACACGCCGCCAGCACUCACCCUCACAGCUGACGUGGUGGAGGAGGUGCUCGAGGUCCUACUCGACUGGCAGCGUGCCUCCAUGGCCCAGCUCAAGGAAGAGUUGGUGUGGCGCGGGCGGACGGUGGCGGGGGCGGCGCGGGACCUGACCUCCACCAGGGUCAGGGUGCAGGGCGCCCUGGGCCUCGGGCCGCUCCUCGACCUCACCACACAGCUCCUCCACCAGGCCCUCCACCUCACCGCCGCCACCUCCACUCAAGUGGUGAUGGCGGUGCUAGAGACGUGCCCCACCAACCUUCGACAAGUGUUACAGGUGUCUAGCGAGGCACUUAGGACGCACUUGCUGCCUCUCAUCAACCUAGGUGCUGCAACAUUAGACGAGGGCCUGCAAGCCCUCCAGGAUCUCCUCGAUGACAUCAUAGAGGAAAUAGACGACCUGCUGGACUUACUAGUCGAGGAAAUUUCUGAUGCUUACGGUGUGGUGGAGGCCGCGCCAAGCAUGCUGGUGGAGGCAGUUGUGGCGCCAACACGUCGUCCACCACUGCUACAAGCUCUGGCCGCCUGGCACGCCAUCACCAUCAACGAUGACCAGACGCUGCACGCUCUGGUGUCCCGAGUGAUGGGGGAGGUGGAGAGGCGUGUGGGCCGCUGCCAGGGAGCCUCAGGGUUCCUCACCAACCAGCUCCUCACUAGGCUGGAGAAGGUGCUGGUGCAGGCGGCCCGCUGGGAGCACCUGAGGGCUAAGGGCAGCCAACUCCUUCAGCACCUGCGUCAGGUCACCACCUUCAGCGUCGCUAUGCCACACAGCACCGCGCUCAAGAUCAGGGUGGCGACGCCCCGACGCCUGAGGGGGGACCUGGCGUCAGUGUGGCGCUGGGUGCUGGAGGGAGCGGGCCCCCGGCUCCUCUCUCAGGCCGAGCUGUGGCUGGCGUCGUGGUGGGCCCGUGUACGGUACCUGGCCUCCUGGCACGUCUACGGAGAGGCCGUGGUGUUCGGGUGGGACCAAGCCAUCACCUGGGACGGCCGCCAGGUCACUCCUCUCCUCACCGACUCCUGCCAUCACAUGCUGGUGUUGCUGACGCACGCCCACACGCCCACGGCCCUCACCAUCCACCUGGAGGACCUCAGCACCAGCCCUCGCCAGGUUCUCACCCUCUUCAGCGGCUCCGACGUCGUCACCCUCGACUCUGAUCUCAAGAUGACCUACAACUCUAAGCACAUCCGACGGCCGCUUCUGGAGGCAGGAGAGCUGAGGAUGAGAUGGAACGGGAAGUGGGCGAGCGUGGUGACCACCGCCGGCCUGGGCCUCGAGUGUGAGAGAGAGCAGGACCUGUGUCGCCUCACUGUCACCGGCGAGCACUUCGCUGCCACUGCCGGCCUCCUCGGCGUCUUCGACUUCGACAACAACACCGACUUCAUGACUAGUGGCUGGGAGAUGGCGGCGACGGAGGAGGAGUGGGCGCAGAGCUGGCGGGUGUCGACCUCCGAGCAGUGCUCCUCCCAGCUGCCCGACGCCCACAUCCCGCCCUCCCACGGCAACCCCUGUACCCGCCUCUUCCACCACCCAGCCUCACCCUUCAGGUCGUGUUUCGUCAGCGUGGCUGCCGCGCCCUACCUGGAGACCUGCCGCUCUGGCUGGGAGUGUGGUGCCGAGGCCGCCUACCUGCACGCCUGCAGACGCCACUACCACGCCCUCCACCACAACCUCACCUCCUGCAGUGGGUGUUCUGAGGCGGGAGCUGAGGUGGAGGAGGAGCUGGGCACGGAGGACCUCGCCCUCCAGGUGGUUGUCAUCACAGACUUCGAGUGCUUCGACGACAUACAGGACCUCGUCUCCGCCCUCGUCAGAGAUGACACAAGGGCUCACCGUGUGGUGUUGCGGUACAUCGGUCGAGGAUCACCACCUUCCGGGCCGUUCGAAGACGUGGAGGACACGAUAGUGGACAACGGGACGCCGCCGCUGGACGCUGCCAUCAACGCCGCCACGCUGGACUUCUCGGAACGUGCGCUCAAGGCCAUCGUCUUGUUUGACUGUGACCACCCUCGCUGCACCGUGUCGAUCUCGGCGCCUAAAAUCGUCAAGUUGCGGGAGACGCUGCUGUCCCAAGGUGUCCAGUUACACGUCGUCACCACCAACCCCAUCACUGUCCUAAACCGUCACGGACUCACCAAGAAGGCCAUGAGACAGCUUAUUGGGGUGGACGGCCACACGGCCUACCUGUUGUCUCACGCCCGCAAGAGGAGGGUGCAGGGCAAGACCGCCAUCAGGAAGCACCUGACUACGCCCAUCGGCAACACCUGCACCCAGCUGGCUGUCCAGACGGAUGGGUCGGUGUUCUCGAUGCAAAACAUCAAAAUGGAGAGGAAGUACCACCGGAGGAUCUUCCUGCAGCUGUUGGGGCAGAGGCUGGUGGAGGGGCAGACGGCGCACUACCUGGGGUGUCGCCUGUGUCAAUGUGGCGCCCCCUGCACCCUAUGUACCCCGCCUGCACCCCUAGUGUACUCGAGCUCCAGUAACGACGACGAGGACGAGGAGGACGACUACGAGGACGACGACGAGGAGGAGCUGCCCACCAGGAGAAACACCAAGAAGACUAGGAAGCGUCACCGCUCAAGCUGGCCUUGAAUAUUUUCGCACCAACCCUCACCAUAACCCCCUCCCCAUUACCCAGGCUCCACAACCCCUCCCCCUAACCCAGGUUCCGCAACCCCUCCCCAUACCCAAGGCUCCACAACCCCUCCCUAUAACUCGUCCCCAUAACCCAGGCUCCACAACCCCUCCCCAUGACUCAGACCCCACAACCCCUCCCCAUUACUCAGGACCCAACCCUUACCCAGAACCCAUGCUCCACAACCACUCCCCGUGACUCAGGCUCCACAACCACUCCCCGUGACUCAGACCCAGGC